AGCGCUGCCUCAGUACUGCUGCAGGAUUGAGUCAGUUGAGCGCCAUGAUUAUUGACCGAGUUUGCGAUGACUUCAUGGGGCUUGUGGACAAUGACGUGGAUGUCAUGAUGAGCCCGGUGAACUUAUGGUCAUUUUACCCGUGCUCUUCUCCUGGACCAGAACCGGGACACUUGUCUCCAUGGAAACCAGGUGGAGAGUGUGAGGAAAGCGGAAGUAUCGCUGGAAGCCCACAGCGUCCUGACAACAGUUUCUACGUUGAAGCUCAGGAUGGUUCACAGCUGUCUUGUCCACGGUACCAGGGUGUGCGCGUGAGAAACACUGUGAAAGAGCUCAUUAUGCAGAGACGCUACAGUGAAGUACAGAUGCAUUCAAAUAAGAAUGAAAUUGAUUUCCCAGUCAUAACUAAUUUGCUUCAGAGUGGAAAAAGAGCAGCUGAGGAUUCCUCACCUCACUGCGUUCCUAAAAGAUCUGCAACGGAACACAGCAAUGUCCUGUCUCCUUAUCUUCCAUCUGAAAAUCCCUUAAACCAGCAGAGCGUCUGUGAGGGAUUUGGUGACUUCUUCUGCAACACCGGGCUGUCUAUCGAUUCGGUGAAGGUGCAGGACAAUCCGAUCUCAGUCUGCCAUCAACAUCAAGAGAAACAAGAAGCACUACCUACCCUUUACGCUAACACAUCUAGCCCAAUUUAUAACAGUUGCCAGACUCCUCAGGUUACAGAGAGCCCUUACACAUCUCCAUUCCAGAGCCUAAGCCUAAGCCCACAGCCCUGUGGGAAUACAGCUCCUGCGAUUUCCUUUUUCCAGUGGCAGAUCCAGCAAGAGGAGGAAAAGGUGGCCAAUUUGAGCCCUCUCGAUCUCAUCGCUAAGGACGGAGAUGGAGAUACGUUCCUCCACAUCGCAGUGGCUCAGGGGCGACGAGCUCUGGCCUACGUGCUCGCCAGAAAAAUGUGUGACAUCGGUAUGCUUGACGUCAAAGAGCAUAACAACCAGAGUGCAUUCCAAGUUAGCGUGGCAGCCAACCAGCAUCUCAUUGCACAAGACCUCCUUUCACUGGGAGCGUUAGUGAACACUACAGACUGCUGGGGCCGUUCUCCUCUACACGUGUGUGCGGAAAAGGGACACACUCUUAUUCUACAGGCCAUCCACAAAGCUGUGCAGAAUAAUGGCCUGGAGGUAAACAUGGAGGCAGUCAACUAUGAUGGUCUUACCGCUCUUCAUAUGGCUGUCCUGACCCACAAUGCAGUGGUGCAGGAUCUGAGCUGUGGCACAGCACCUCAGUCUCCACAAACUGCAGCUCUGAUGCAGAAGAGAAAGCUGCUUGGCGAAUGCAUCAACACUCUCCUGCUUAUGGGUGCCUCUUAUGGUACAAAGGAUCGCAAAAGUGGACGCACCGCCUUGCAUAUGGCAGCUGAGGAGGCCAACGUUGAGCUUUUGCGUCUUUUCCUGGACCAGCCGGACUCUCUUUCUGUGAUCAAUGCCAAGGCAUAUAACGGCAACACCGCACUGCACAUGGCUGCUGCUCAAAAUGCUCGCCAAGCGCAGGCCCACGCCGUGCAGCUGCUGAUGAGGAGAGGAGCUGAUCCGAGCGCCAAGAACCUGGAGAAUGAGCAGCCCAUUCAGCUAGUCCCCGAGGGUCCUGUAGGAGAUCAGGUGAGGAGGAUACUGAAAGGCCGAGGCCCGCAGGUUCGCUCCUGCAUGCUGUAGUAAGACCGAUCCCGCUCGAUCUCCGUUCUUCAGAAACACUGUCAGUCAGGCAGUCCAAUCUGUGUACAGUCUCAUUUGCCGGUAUAAGGCAGAUGUCAGUUGUUUCUAUGAAACAAAGUUAGCAUUGUUCACUACUGUGUAGUAGAAGAAAAAGGGAAGUCGAUCCCAGAGUACGUGGUACAAGAUUGAAUUAGGAAUGAACAAAAAAAUCUAAAUACAAAUCUGUUGCAUCUCUGGGCUCUGGUGUGAAAACGUUUGUCCAUUAUAGUAAUUCAUGAUUAGAUAUCACUGUGUACUGGUGUUUGUGUGGUUUUUUGCAUUUAUUGAAUCCAUUUUCUAAGAAUUUUGCUAUGUGUGGAGGGAAAAACUUUCUGAGAGUUUCUGCUUAUCAGUGAUUAACGAUUGCUGAGUCAUUGCUUCAACUCUGUGCCAGCUUCCUCAUUUUUCGAGUGUUCUCUUCACCCUAAAAGUGCACAUAAGCCAGAAUAGCUUUCAGCGUGUUUACCGUGAAAUUGUGUGUAGCUUGAAAUUUAUUCAGAUUUUACAAAUGAAAUGCCUGUUUAAACAUUUAUCGUGUGUGUUAUAUAUAUUUUGAUUUAACUGAAUAAAUCUUGAUUACAAUGGUGAUGGGGGUUUGUAAAGUAUGUCUAAUAGACAAAGGGUUUUCCUUUGAAUGUAUUAGUUGUGUUUGGGAAAGUAAUCUUCAAUAAAGAACUAAUUACAGAAA